UCAGACCCUCACUCUUGCCUGUUCCUUGUGUGUGUGUGAGUGUGUGGAUACAAGAAUGGCAGGGUUUAGUCAAUCAUCUUCACUGAUCUGGAUUUAUCGCUUUACAUCCAUAAUGGCUCUGCUAGCUGGUGUAUGUCUGGGUGGAUCAGAUUCACCCCGUGGCGUCUCGUUACCUUUUGUGUUCGACCUGAAAGCAGUAUGUGAUCCACCAUGCAGACAUGCUGGGAUCUGUAUCCGAAACAGCACCUGUUUGUGCUCUCGGGGCUAUGAAGGAGAGACCUGCCAGUAUGCUAACUGUGAUCCAAAGUGUAAAAACGGGGGUGAAUGUCUCCGACCUGGAAAGUGCAGAUGUCCUUCAGGACUCGGUGGAAAAUAUUGUGAAAAAGUGGCAUGUGAUGGCGGCUGUUGGAAUGGAGGAGAAUGCAUUGUAGUGAACGGUCAUGCCAAGUGCAUUUGUCCCUCCAGCUGGACUGGAUCCAAAUGCCAAGAAGCAAUCUGUCCUCAGGGUUGCCAGAAUGGAGGCAGCUGUGUGGCUCCAGGAAUCUGCAGCUGUCCUGAGGGAUGGCUGGGGGGAGCCUGUCACAAUGCUGUGUGUAAGAAGCCGUGUCUGAAUGGUGGGAAGUGUGUGUCUCCAGACAAGUGUCGCUGUCGCACUACCUUCUCUGGGCUUCAGUGCGAAGACAGAAAAAAACUCUUUUGAUCUCAGCACUUAGACACUGUCAGAGCUGGAGAGCAACGAGGUGCUAUUUGACCAACGUGGUGCUAUUCAUUUAAGCUUUUUCAUUUACUUCUACUUUUUCUAU